GCCCUGUACCAUGUGAACUCUGUGAUCAUUCACAGAUUUCACUAGUAGUAAGCAAUAAUGUCAGCAAGUGACAUCUUGCUUACCACUAUUCAUGUUAUCACUGAUUGGCCAAUCAGUGAUCACAUGAUCGGGACCUCAAACAGAGGUAACGUACAGCGAUUGUGCCGCACACUACCAGGGAGCGCGCACAGCCUGUAAAUGCAGGGCGCCAUUUAUGAACAACAACCCACUCCUGCACUGCUCCCUUCCGGCCCUUUAUGUACAUAGACCAGACGGGAAGUGGUUAAUAG